AUGGCUACCUCUGUCCCCGACGAGAUUCUCCCCUCGCCCGAGGCCUCGCCGGCGAGUCCGACGUCCUCGACGGGUCAAAUUCCGCUCGAACAACCUCCUAAAAUCAAGGGUCGUCAGAAGUUGUUGCAGAACCUCCAGCGCAUGUCGUCUAGUCCGACGCUAACCCGCCGCGGGCGAUCGGCAUCGACUGGUUAUCGGCGGGACCACAAGGCUUCCUUAUCGUGUGUCUCGUUAUCGUCCGCCGCAUACUCACCGUGUCUGGGUAAUGGGAGUACCUCACAACUUUAUGGAGGCCUGAAUCCCCGACCGGCUACCCCGGGGCCAUCCGGACCGCUGGAUGAUUUGGAGGAUAACAAUGCUCGCAUUCGCCUCGUGGGAACGGAGACCCCCAAUGCAUCGCGAACAGUUCCAUUACCUUUUGACUUGAGGCCGGUCUCUCCACGAAGCGGGACUCCCUUUGAGGGCGAUGUGCUGCCCGCAGAAUUGAUUCUGCCUGAGGCAAAACCAGCCCGCACAAUUGACUUUUGGGCCGACAUGCCACGGGAGUUGCAGGUGGAGAUCUUCCGGUACCUGACGCCUCGCGAGAUCGUGCGCUGCUCGGCAGUGUCGAAGAUGUGGCAUGACAUGUGCUACGACGGACAAUUGUGGUGCAGAUUGGACGCUGCGGAAUACUACUCGAAGAUUCCGAGCGACGUUCUGAUCAAACUCAUUACAUCCGGUGGACCGUUCGUUCGCGAUUUGAACUUGCGAGGCUGUAUCCAGCUAAAGAACAAGUGGUCCUCUGAUGGAGAGCGGAUUUCGGACAUGUGCCGGAACUUGGUUAAUCUUUCGCUGGAAGGAUGCAUUAUCGACAAGUCUUCUAUGCACUACUUCCUGAUGCGCAACCCCCGGUUGGAGUAUAUCAACAUCUCCGGUCUCAAGAGCGUGACCAACUCCGCCAUGAAGACUAUCGCUCAAUCAUGCCCACUGUUGGAGACUCUGAACGUCUCCUGGUGCAACAAUGUCAACACGAAUGGACUCCUUCGUGUCAUCGAGUCUUGUGAGCGUCUGAAGGAUCUUCGCGCUAGCGAGAUUCAUGGUUUCGACAACGAAGACUUUGCUCAGGCUUUGUUUGAACGUAAUACUCUGGAGCGGCUGCUCAUAAGUCGUACCGAUCUGACCGACCGCAGCCUGAAAGUUUUGAUGCACGGUGUCGACCCUACCAUCGACCUCCUCACUGAUCGCCCCGUUGUCCCGCCUCGAUGCUUCAAACACUUGGAUUUACACCAUUGCUCAGACAUUACCGACGCUGGUCUGAAGAGCCUGGCUUUCAAUGUGCCUGAUUUGGAGGGCCUGCAAGUCUCGCAAUGCUCGGAAUUGACUGAUGAUGCGGUUAUCGACGUUAUUCGUACCACACCCAAGCUCUCCCACUUGGAAUUGGAGGACCUGGAGAAUAUAACGAACAACGUUCUUGUCGAGCUUGCCCGAUCCCCCUGUGCUCAGUACCUCGAGCACCUAAACAUCAGCUACUGCGAGAACCUUGGCGAUACGGGUAUGCUGCAAAUCAUGAAGCACUGCCCGAAGAUGCGCUCCGUCGAAAUGGACAAUACCCGCGUCUCCGACUUGACCCUGAUGGAAGCUAGCUUCCGGGUUCGCAAGCGAGGUUAUGGCGAGGACAUUCCUAAGAUUGGUUUGCGCCUAGUUGUCUUUGACUGUGCCAACGUCACCUGGGCUGGUAUCAAGGAAGUCCUAUCGAGCAAUGCCUACAUUCCACGCGCACGCAAGCCCGGCGCCUCGGUCAAUGCUAUUGUGACGGUCGCCCAAACGAGCUCAGACAGCGACUCGAUGACGACUACCACCUUUGUCACGCCAAAUUCGUCCCCAUCACCGUCGCCCACUUUCCCCGCUGAGAUUAUCCAGCUCAAGUGUUUCUACGGCUGGCAAAUGACCGUUGAUGAACACACGAAGCGCGUUCUGCGCGGUGACCUCAACGCUGCGAGUCGUCUUGAUCGUAAGUGGGCGGACUAUAUGAUGGCUACUGAAGAAGCCGGUGCCGCCGGGGCUGGUGCGCGACGUCGACGUCGUCGUGCCCGCGAGGCGGAGAGACUCUACAAUGCUGAUGAGGACGAGGAUGAUAGUUACGGCGUAGGUGGAGUCUCUGCACUCGGUGGUCGGCGUCGUCGUGCUCAAAGUGGCGGCUGCACUGUGAUGUGA